GAAACUACAGCAGUGUGUGGCCUCUGCCAAGCACUGCUACAUGAAGGUUAUCAGGAUACCAGAUACACAGACUUUGCUCUGCCACCAAGACAUAGUAUGGAAGCCAUCGCCAAGUUUGAUUUCAGUGCUUCUGGAGAGGAUGAGUUGAGCUUCCAGGCUGGAGAUAUGCUGAAGGUGUUGAGCUCCCAGGAAGACUGGUACAAGGCUGAGCUCAGAAGUCAAGAGGGCUAUGUUCCUAAGAACUUCAUUGAUUUUCACGUUCCCCUCUGGUUUGAUGAGAGGAUAUCCCGCCACGAAGCAGAGAACAUCCUUAUGAGCAAAGGAGUUGGCUCCUUUAUUGUCCGAGCCAGUCAGAAUUCUCAUGGUGACUUCUCCAUCUCUGUCAGGCAUGAAGAUGAUGUGCAACACUUCAAAGUGAUGAGGGAUUCAAAGGGUAACUAUUACUUGUGGACAGAGAAAUUCCACUCACUAAACAAGCUGGUGGACUACUACAGGACAACUUCCAUCUCCAGGCAGAAGCAGAUCUUCCUGAGGGACAACAACCGAGAAGAGAAGGAGAGGCAUGGUAGUAGCCUGGAACGGAUGAGCCGGGAAGGAUUCCACCUGGGUGGAGCAGCUGGAGAAGAUAAUUCUUCUACACCCAAGAGAUAUGUAGAACAUCCUAUCCCCACACCGCAGCAGCAACAGGAUAGAUAUGGUGGGAGUCUGGACAGGAAAGAUGGGCUGCAUGGACUAAGGGACCACAGCCAUGGAAGUGCAGCAGCUAUGCAAUGGAGACACAUGGACACCUACCAGCAGGCACCGAGAACGCUAUGGGUCCGUGCCUUGUAUGACUUUGAUGCUGUGGAGCAUGACGAGCUGGGCUUCCGUGCUGGAGACAUCUUAGAGGUCCUGGACAGCUCCAACCCAUCAUGGUGGAAAGGACGUCUGCGUGGGGAACUGGGUCUCUUUCCUGCCAACUAUGUCACACCGGUGCCCCUGUGAGGGCGCAGAAUGCCCCAGAGGGCCAUACUGGAGCUGCUUUUCUGACAUGACAUGGACAGAGAGGGUGUGCAUCCUCCCUUGCCCUCAGGACAUAUGGUGGUUUUGUUUUUGUCUUAAUUUAUUUGCAAUUGAUCCUUGGAAAUGUUGGUAUGAAAGGGAACUCUUUGAAGAGGGUAGGAUUUUUUUUUUCUCUAUUUUUCACAUUCAUGAAGGGGAGGGACCAAAAAUCCAUUGAGACCAGUUGGAUCCUCCCUGUCCUGUCACUUCUUUAGUUAAGUAUUGUUAACUUCCCGCAGUUAGGUUUGUUCUGUGGAAAUGCACCUCAGACAAGUCAGGCUUCAGUAUUCAGGUAUCCCUACCUGUUAUUUUCAAAUCUGGUAGCACUCAGAGUCUCUUAAGGCUCUAUUUUGCCUUUCUUUCGGAGGCAGGAGGAAUGCUCAAGGGAAUGAAACGAUCAUUGGUAAUCACAUUAAUCCUUCAGGUGGAGGAGGAAAAUGAGGGGGGGUCUUAGGCUGAGGUGCAAGGCAGCCUUGACUUUUCUAAAUAGUUUCUGACUUACCCCUGCAGUACUUUCUGUGGGUGUGGACUGUAUGGAUAUACUAGAUGAAGGGAAAGGAUCCUGUAAGCUUUUGUACAAACAAACCAGUGGUGAAGGUAUGGGAGAGUGAGAAGCUACUUGCUUUUCUUCUUCUGAUAGUCCUGCUCUACUUUCUGCACCCCAUAACAGCAAUUUGUCCCAUUUUGAAGCUGCUCUCUGAGGUACCUAGGCUUGUGUUAGACAUCCUGGUUAGAGCAGGUCAGGCCCUUCAACUAAAUUAAUAUCCACUGGAUUGAAUAUCUUCCACUGAUUUCUUGUAUAAAACUGAACUGGGGAGGCUUUGGAGAGAUUUGGUGGCAGAAGUUCUUUCCCUGAGAAUGUGGGGUGCUCGCGAUCACUGUACACAACUCUGACUUGCUAGGGAAAUGCCUUGUCCAACAGGUUAAGCUGUUACUUUACAGUAUGCAGAGAAUAAA